AUGUCUAAGUGUCAAUGUCCAUGUGAACUUGUCUUAAAAGUUGGAUGUAAUGAAGCAGAUGAAAUAUCAAGUGCAUUAACGAAUUUACUACGUUCUUGUUCAAUAAGUGAAAAUAAUUUUUUUCUUAUCGAACGUCAGACUCAACCAACAUCGUAUUUUGGCUCAUUUACAACACCAACGACAACAUCCUCGUCUUCUAAUUCAUCAAUCGAUGAUCUACAACAAAUUCCAUCUCAAUCAUUAAGUUGUGUUUUAUUAAUAACUGAUGAUAUUCUCAAACGUCAACAACUUGUCUCAUCUUUAUCAUCGGUUAAUACAAAUGUCAAUGGUAACAAUGGUAAAUUACCAAAAUCAAAAUAUUUUUUUAAAUCAUCAAUAUGGAAUUUUCAUCAUAAAAUUGAACUAUUAGAUGAAUUUAAAUCGACAAUUGCUCGACAAGAUUAUUAUGAAUUAUCAAAGCAUUUGCCAUUAUGGUCGGUAUCACAUGUACCAUUGAGUCGUCUUCCAAUCAUUCGUUUUAAUAUAUUCACACUACAGUUUGAUUUAAUGGUAAAAUUUUAUUCUUCAUUAUUUCAACAUAAACCCGAAUCAACAAAGCCCGGUUUUGUUCUCUAUAUUCUACAACAUUCACAAACGAAAAUUGUACAAUUUUCCAUUAAAUAUUCACCAUCCAUUAAAUCUUAUUGUUUAUCACAAACAGCACACUUAAAAUUUUGUUUAAAAACAUUAAGUACACAAUUACAAACAGAAUAUAGUAGUAAAUUAUUUUAUUUAAAUAAAUAUGAAUAUUGUAUACAUGAUCCAGAUGGAAACUUGUUACAUCUCCAUCUCGUGCGUAAUGAGCAAACAACAGUGUUCGUACAUGAACAAUCACAACGAACAGCAAAACAUCCUCAGGAAAUUUGUACAAAUGAUAGUGGGGUUGGAGAGAGUGAUCCACAAUUGAACUUGUUUAGUUCUAUUGUACCUCAAGGAUAUCAUCCAUAUCCAAGACAGCAAUUAUCCAUUCCACCAACAGUAACAACAAAAAUAAAUGGCACAGUACCACAAGAUCAAGAUAUACACAGCCAUUCAAGUCAAUCAAGUCAUGAUUCUGGUAGAUGGAGUUCUAUAUCAUCCAAUGAAUUGGCAACUUUGCAAACAACAACUGUUCCUGAAGCUGUUCAACCAAUUCAAUAUGUUUUAAAUGGACGACAAUCAACAACAACAAUAAAACAUGUACCAAUUACAAAUAGAAAUGUUUUUGAAAACGCUGGUCAUGAAUAUAGACAACAGCGAGUAAAUAUCGACAAAAGUAGAGAACGAGUCUUUGGAAAAUCUCAGAACAAGUCAACGCUAUAUGAAAGUGAACCACGUUUAUUAACAAAUCUAAAUUUAUUUGACUCAAACAAGUCAUCAACUAAUAGAUAUUAUUCAUCGAUGAGUACGAUCGAACAACAACCUUUAUCAAAACAAUAUAAUAAUCAUCAACAACAUAUACGAUUAGUAGAACAUGAUUAUAUCGGACAACCGGCUCAAACGUCAACACCAUUACACAUUUCGAAAAGUACAUGUCUUCGACCGUGGCAAGAAGAAACUUUGCAACCACAGUGGUAUGAUCAAACAUUUGAUGUUUCGUAUGAAGUUGAUUCUCCUCGAAGUAGCAAUUAUUGUCUUAAUAUCGAUAAUAGACGAGAUUAUGUUAAUGUAGAAGAUGUUGAAGAGCCAUUAGGCUAUUUGAAUGCGUUUUUACAGAAAAAAAAUAGAGAAAGGCAAGCCACUUCGACCCCUACAACUCCUCCAUUAGUAUUGCCAAAAAUUCAAGAAAAAAAUAAAUGGAACGUGAAUGCUGUUUCUCAACGUCGAUUAUUGAACAAUGACACUCAACGAACAAAUUCAAUUAAUGUCAAAGCGUUAAUAGCUCAAUUCGAAACACCUAACAAUGAAUGCUCACCGGUCCGUCCAUUAUCCGCUCCACUAAUAGAAUCGACAACAAAUCGAAAACCAAAAAGUAUUUUACAUCGGCGUAGUGUAACAACAUCACUCGAUGUUCAUAAAUGUGAUACAAAUAUUAAUACAUCCAGGAAACGUUCAAAAUCUGUUACAUUUGAUUGUAACGAAAAUCAGACGGAUGACGAAAAUGAAGAAGAACAUGAUAAUGAACAGAGAGUAAAUCGUCCAUCAUCAUGUAUCAAUUUUGUACAACAAGAACGACAGAUACCGAUCGAAGUCACUACGCAUCAUCGUUCCAGUGCUAUUCAACGUGACGGUGCAAGAAGUCCAAAAUUAGAUAUUGGUAUAACGCUCGAUUCUCGAUUACGAAAAACACCUGUAUUAGAAAUGAUACGUAGUUCAGCUAUGCCUGAAGAAAAAUUAUGCGAUCCAGAAUUAAUCGAUCUACUAAAAAGGACUAGUUCAUUGAGACGAGCUAAUGCUUAUAUCACAGCUAACACCUAUAAUAUACCAAUAGCACCAAUUGCAAGAUUCUAA